AUGGCGUCCUCUGAUCUAGAAGCUCAAUCACAGCCAACUGAAAAACCAAGCUUCCAGAAUCUUGAGUCUUUCAAAGUUUCUUUCGAGCCAGAUGAUCCUAACAAUCCUAAGAACUUCACAUCAGUCUACAAAAUAUGGCUCGUCUUUCAAAUGAGCUUGCUUGCAAUGACUGGGGCUCUUGGUUCAUCUAUCAUUUCACCUGCUUCGCCCAAGAUUGCAGAAUACGCAAAUAUUAGCACUGAGGUAACAUCUCUCACGGUCGCUCUUUUUGUUUUGGGUUGGGCUGUUGGACCCAUGAUAUGGGCUCCUAUCAGCGAAACCUAUGGGCGUCGACUGGGCAUGUUACCGGCAAUGUUUGUCCUGGGGCUCUUCAGUAUUGGCACCGCUACCAGUAAGAGCGCCGUAGCAAUAUUCCUUACACGCUUUUUUGGUGGAAUUUUUGCAUCUGCACCAAUCAGUAAUGUACCUGCAGCUUUGGGUGACAUUUUUCUUCCAGCGACCCGGGGCAAUGCCAUGACUUUCGUGUCCCUAUGUAUUACAGGGGGGCCUACUAUCGGACCUAUUGUUGGAUCAGCCUUGACCGUCAAUGACAAACUAGGAUGGCGCUGGACGGAGUACAUCGAGGCCAUCAUUGCGUUCUUCUUAUUCGGCCUGUGUGCAUUAUGUCUUCCAGAGACAUACGCUCCAGUGCUUUUAAAACAAAAGGCACAGAGACUACGAAAGAGCACUGGGGAUGAUCGUUACUGGCAUCCUCACGAGGAAGAGAAAAUUAGUGUUCAUAAUAUCGUAACCAAGCAUCUUGCUCGGCCAUUACUCAUGUUGUUCACCGAGCCUAUGGUCACGCUGAUCGCCAUAUAUGCUUCAUUCACCUACAGCCUGAUUUACUUGACCCUCGAAGUAUUUCCGAUCGUGUUCAGCGAUGAUCGCCAUUGGGGACUUGUGAUAUCAACUCUUCCCUUCCUUUCCAUCUUAGUGGGUGUUCUCUGUGCUGUUUUGAUCAACUUUGCGAACCAGCCACGUUAUAAGCGGGUCGUGGAAGCCGCUCAGGGCAAGGCAGUACCUGAAGCCCGCUUGCCCCCGAUUUUCAUUGGAGGAGUCCUAUUAUCGAUAGGUCUUUUCUGGUUUGGUUGGACAGCAGAUCCAAAAUAUCCUUGGCCAUCAUCGGUGAUAGCAGCUGGUAAGAAAUGCGAAGCUAUGCAUACCCUUGGUGUGAACACCCCUUGCGUGGCUGACACUCAGAUCAUAGGUUUCAUCGCUGCAGGGUUCAGUGUUGUUUUUCAACAGUGUCUCAAUUUUUUGGUCGAUACUUAUGGCCAAUUUGCUGCCAGUGCAGUGUCAGCGAAUACGAUUCUGCGAUCUGUUUUUGCGUGCGCAAUGCCGAUCGCAGCACGGCCCAUGUUCGAAAAUCUAGGACUCGGACCGGCAGCCAGUCUUUUGGGUGGCAUUUCAUGCUUAGCUCUACCGGUCCCUUUCCUUUUCAUGAGAUAUGGGCAAGAAUUGAGAGCCAAGUCUAGAUUCGCCGAGGAGAUACGUAACGGCCCGCGCACUCGUAUUAUUUAG